GGCGGUGUGGCGGGCGGUGCCGCCCGGCUGCUCGCCUCCCUGGGCCGCGGCGGGCCCGCUGCCGCCCUCCCCCGGCGCCUCGGCGGGCGGGAGGGAGAUGGAGCAGGGGCUGUCCGCCAUCACCCUGUACUGCGCCCCCGCCGCCGGCCCCGCGGCUGCCGCCUGCGCCAUGGAGCCCGAGCCGCAACUUGCAAAUGGAGAUAGAGGCUUUGAGAAUGUGGAGCUGGGUGUCAUAGGGAAGAAGAAGAAAGUUCCCAGAAGGGUUAUUCAUUUUGCAAGUGGAGAAACAAUGGAAGAAUACAGCACAGAUGAAGAGGAAGAUGAACAAGAGAAGAAAGACCUGUUGCCUCCCGUAGAUCCUACAACGCUCACAUGGGGACCCUACUUGUGGUUUCAUAUGCUAAGAGUUGCCACAUCAACCUUAUCAGUGUGUGACUUCCUUGGAAAGAUUGCAUCUGUUUUGGGGAUAAGCACACCAAAAUACCAAUAUGCUAUUGAUGAGUAUUACAGAAUGAAGAAAGAGGAGGAAGAGGAGGAACAAGAAAACAAGUUAUCAGAAGAAGCAGAAAGACAGCAUCAGGAGCAGCAGAACAAGGCACAAGCUGAAGCUCCUGUCCAGACAGACCAGCCUGAAUCAACAACAUGUACUUCAUUUGUGAAUUUAAACUUUGAAAAUGAGGGAGAUUGCCACUCUGUUGUGGAAAAUAAACAAGAUGUAGUUCCUGUCCCUACCUAAGUAUAAAGCUCUGUAUAAUGUAGGAAAUAGGAAGUGUCAGGUGUCACGAUCUGGCUAUAAGGAGGAAAAAUAGGAUUAUACUUAUUCAGUGUAAUACAACUUACAGCAUUCUUAUUGAUCAGGAGAGAGCUAGGUGAUGUCUCUUCAGUCUGUCUGCCUAAUAAAGGCUGAGGCAUUCUGCCAAAUUGGCACUUCAGUUAAAAUGAAAAUUGCACUACAAACAUUUGGUCUAAAAUUGAAUUUCUGUGUAAAGCAAGUAAAAAUAUCUUUCCUUUAAAUUGCUGUCUGGCACAGUGGAUUGCAGAUGCAGUGCUAUUCCUCCUUGUGAACACCUAUUUCUGAUCUGCACGUUUGCGACUUGGCUCUCUAUGAAUAGAUUGAUAGGAAUCAAUGUCCUGUAACUCACAAGUCAUUAUAAUCACUUCUGAAUUCCCCUAUUUAUUGUCACUAUUGUGUGCAUGUAUCUUUUUCUGUUACUAACACAAGAGAGGUUAGAUUUAACGUUAAUUAGAUUUAAGGGCCUAAUGGAACACUUUCCUUUUCUUUUUUUAACUCUAAAGGAGGCUGUAAACACCCUUAAGUAUUUAUGAACUAGUACAAGCACUCUUGGGGGCUAAAAGUGCUCAGCUGUGCUGUAUAGUGCUGUAGCAAAGUACAGAAUAAGCAUCAGUGUAAGAUGCUGUCACUCCAAAUCCAAGAAUUAAUAUAGAUUCUUUACCUGCUCGGAAUUGGCCUUGUAAACUGAAGUCUUGCUAAAUUAUAAUCAAUGACUGGAUAUCGUGUAUGGUACUAGUCUCUAACUACAAAAACUUUAUUUUUAACAUAGGUUACCUGAGUGAGUGUACUUGAUUAAACAAAUAGCCUUUUUAAGGUUAAUGUUUAAUUAUGAAGAAGGAAUGGGCCACUGCAGGUAUCUUUUCCCCUCUAGUGCAGAAUACAUAUGUAACUGGAGAUUAGAAAACCAGGCUUAUGACUUCUUUUUUUUAACAUGAAAAGCAUUUGUUUCGAUAGUGAAACAAUACUCGUUUUUGCAGGUAGCUCCAGUUUUUAACCAGCCCCAAAUACCAUUCAAUUAAAAGAAUUUCAGUGCAGUGACUGUGAUCCUACUUCUACCUUUUAGAAGGUGAAUGGUUUGCUUUGGGACAAUCAGGUAUCAGUCUGGCAGGCAGACAACCAACCAUGUCCCAGUCGCUGUCUAUGCAGAAAGUUUGUAGAUAAAUGAGCGGAAGACCUGUACUAGUUACUGUAGGGAUUGUUGUUUUUGUCCUUGAGACUUCUAAAAAUAAACCUGAAGAGGCUUCAGAGAAAGUUUAUAUUGGGCACCAUCACACUUGCAUGGCCUUGGUCCCACUACCAGCUAACUGAGGAGACUGCUGGAACACCACAGGCCAGGAAGCUCAGCUAUUAGUUUGCAGAACUCAGUUAUGUAUUUCAAACAGCUCUCAGCCUGAAAUAGCGUCCCAUACAACUCAAACGCUUUAUCUUCUCAUCUGCCCCUAGCAUUCCAGCAGUACAGCAAACCUUCUGAGGAAGAUCCAGUCGUCUGCUCUAUUUGAUCUGUUUUGAUGCUCUGUUCUUUGCCUUUUUGAAUUGUAAUGCAGAGGGUGCUGACAGCUGUGUAAAAUCAUUCCAUAGCCCUGAACAGCUGCAAGGGAGAGUAUGGUUCAUCGUGUUGGGAGUUCUUGUACCAUAGCAAAGAUAAAAGCAGCUCCUAGCUCAAGAGUAGGAACUGUAGAGCUGAAGGAUGCUUUGCUUUUCUGCAGAGAAAAUGUCAGUUGUAUUUUCUUUUUUCCCAACUAUCUGUUGCAUCAGAAAUGCUCUCACUGCCUUGGGGCUAAACUUCUUUGUAUAAAAAUGCUGUAUUACUCACUGUGCCUUAACUUAAUCCUUCCCGUCAGUUUUUUUGCAAACUGUAUGAAAGUGAUUACUUUCAUAAUGGUUUAAUUUUUCUGUAAAUGCAUUAAUUGGUUAUUUUAUAUUUAAUAUGAUUUUUGAAC